AUGGAACGAAGGAGUUGGAUAUGGCACAGUAAAAGUUCUGGUGAAACUGAGAGUUCUGAGUCAAUGUUAUCUCAUUCUGAAAGAUUUUCUGAUGACCAGGUAUAUGCUAGUCGAACUGCUCCGUCUUCGGAAGUCACAUCCAAGGCUGCGUUAGACAAAGAUGUUGUUACUGAUGUGCUUACUCUAACAGAAAAAUUGUCUGCUGCUCUAUUAGAUGUUAGCUCCAAAGAAGAUUUGAUAAAGCAAAAUGCCAAAGUUGCUGAAGAAGCUGUCUCAGGCUGGGAGAAGGCGGAAAAUGAAGUAUUGACUUUAAAACAAGAACUUGACGCUGCAAAAGAAAAGAAUGUUGUUCUUGAAGACCGAGUUAGUCAUCUUAACAGGGAACUAAAGGAUUGUAUGAGGCAGCUCCGACAAGCUCGAGAAGAGCAAGAUCAAAAGAUCCAUGAAGCUGUUGCAAAUAACUCUUGUUAUCAGGAAUCCAAAAGACCUGAUCUUGAGUGGAAAGUUGCCGAGCUUGAGGCUCAACUUCAAACAGCUAAAGAAAAUGCUGCUGCAUCAGUUCAUUCUGGUCUUCUACAGAGGCUUGAGGAUGUGGAGAGGGAGAAUUCAUGUCUUAAAAUUGAACUACAAUCUCGACUCGAGGAACUAGAAUUCAGAACUAUUGAAAGGGAUUUGAGUACUCAAUCUGCCAAAGCAGCAAGCAAGCAACAUUUGGAGAGUUUAAAGAAGGUGGCUGAGCUUGACAGAGAAUGGCGGAGACUGAAUGCCAUGGCACAAAAUCAUAUAGGCCUUUCAACUCAGAAUGAUCUGAUGGACGAUUUCCUUGAAAUGGAAAGGCUUGCGGCAUUGCCCGAUACAGAAAGUGUAAGCAGCUUCUCUGUGGUAGGUACUGGAACAGACAAAAUGAAUGCUGAAGUGGAAGCAUUGGUUCAAAAGAAUUCUACAUUGGAAAAGAAACUGGUGGAAAUGGAGGCAGAUAAACUUGAGCUAGAGAUGGAUUUAAAGGAGUGCCAAAAACAGCUCGAGAUAUCACAAAGUCGGGUAAAAGAAACAGAAUUGGAGGUAAUAGAGCUUCAAACUCAGUUAGAUCUUGUAAAUAAAUCAAAUGAAGAAGCAUAUGAUGAACUAAAAGCAGCCCGAGAAAAAAAUGAAAAAGCUGAAUCAAAACUUAGAGCAUCCCAAACCGAGGCAGAAGAAUUGAUCUCAAAAAUAUGUUUGCUGGAGGAAGAGAUUGAGAAAGAACAGGCUUUGUCUGCUGAGAAUUCGGCCAAGUGUGAAAAGUUGGAAGAUGAGCUUUCGAGAAUGAAGCAAGAAGCUCAACUCCAGCCAGACACUGAAAUUCUGCAUAGGAAAGGUGUUGAUAGCAAGUUAAUGUUCAAUCAGGAGAAGGAAUUAGAAUUGGCUGCUAAUAGAUUUUCCGAGUGCCGGAAAACCAUCGAAUCUCUAGGACAGCAGUUGAAAUCCCUUGCAAAAUUCGAAGACUUCCUACUUGAUUCAGAGGACACUAUGGAGUUAACUAGUGAAGUAACACCACCAGGUCCCAAAAAUAACAGUGACAAUAGUGAUUUGAGUUCGCCAAAAAUAGAUUCUGAAUUGUCAGAUUUGCUAAAUCCAUCUAUUAGCUUUGGAAAAAGCCACUUUAGUUUUGGUAUGUUCUAUCCUACAAGUGCUUGA